AAUGACGUAGAGUUCCCCGGCUUUCAGUGAGGGAGGACGCAAUCUCAAAAUCCAGGCUAACCACACACUACGCUUUCAGUGGGAGUGAAUGAAGCAGCGCGGAGAUUGUUGCAGCCUGCGUUCCCAAGAUUCAGCAUCUUAUUCAGAUCCGUGGUCUUUCGUCCGUACAGCCAGCGAGGUGAAGGGACGGUCUGGAUCGCGUGCGCAGUUUCUGUUCGAUGCAGGAUGAAAAACUCCGGGAUAAGGGGAAAAGAACGCACUAUUCAAGCUCUGUCGCGUAGUGAGUAUUUCUCCGUUACUGCUUAUGCUGCUUCGGAAAUGCUUAAAACUGCUGCAUGAAUGGUCUGGCUUAACUGCGGGGAUAGCAGCCUUUCGCCAAGGUAUCCCCUGACAAAAGAACAUGUUUUCGGUGAAGUGCCACUCACGAUGUGUCCGGUGAUUGCCUUCGCACUGCAUUUUCCAUUUGGAUUUAAAGGAAGGUCAAUGAGGAGUACUGCGCGUUCGUCGGAUUUUUGACCCUUUUCUUUCAUUUUUCUUAUCUGCAUGCUUUCACUAAAAGUGACCGUUUCAAAGGUCCACCGACGUUGAUGCGCAAGCGUUCGGCGACACUGUAAAAAUGCUGAACAGCGUUUUGUUGCUUAGCGUUUUAACGGUGACCAGUUUCUCCUCGAAGACAGAAAGCCGCAAAACUUCCAAAGACAUCUGUAAGAAUCGCUGCUCUUGUGAGGAAAAGGAAAAUGUUUUGAAUAUCAACUGUGAGAACAAGGGAUUUACAGCAAUUCAUCUGUUUUACCCACCACAGAACAAAAUCUCUCAGCUCUUUCUCAAUGGUAACUUUCUUUCCAAACUCAACCCAAACGAUUUCAUAAAUUAUGGCAAUGUUACAUCCCUUCAUCUGGGGAACAACGGGUUACAAGAGAUUAAAACGGGAGCCUUUAUGGGACUGAAAAUUUUAAAGCGACUGCAUCUCAACAACAAUAACUUGGAAAUAAUUAAGGAAGAUACCUUCGCUGGUUUAGAAAGUUUGGAAUAUUUGCAAGCUGAUUACAAUUACAUUAGCGCCAUUGAGGCAGGUGCAUUCAGCAAACUGAAUAAACUGAAAGUACUAAUACUGAACGACAAUCUACUGCUUUCCCUUCCCAACAAUGUUUUCCGUUUUGUUUUGCUAACCCAUCUGGAUUUGAGAGGGAACCGAUUGAAAAUGCUGCCUUUUGCUGGGGUGUUGGAACACAUUGGAGGCAUUAUGGAAAUCCAGCUGGAGGAGAACCCUUGGAAUUGCACUUGCGACCUGAUCCCUUUGAAAUCCUGGCUGGAUACCAUCUCGGUCUUUGUAGGGGAUAUUGUGUGCGAAACACCAUUUAGAUUGCAUGGGAAAGACGUCACCCAAUUAAUAAGGCAAGAUCUUUGUCCCAGAAAAAAUGCGGGCGAGUCGAGCCAUCGAGCAGUACAACCCGCGUCGGAUUCGCAAUACCAAGGUUCCGCUCCAACGUUACACCCAGGCGUCACUCCAACGAGAGCACCGAAAGCGUCCCGCCCUCCUAAAAUCAGAAAUCGCCCCACACCCAGGGUAACAGCGUCCAAUAAAGACAAGCAUGUAUUUGGGCCAAUUAUGGUUUAUCAGACGAGGUCUCCCGUGCCGAUGACGUGCCCAAAUAUCUGUGUCUGCACCUCCCAGAACCCAGACAGUGGAUUAAACAUAAAUUGCCAAGAAAGGAAAUUACACAAUAUAACAGAACUUCAACCCAAACCUUCAUAUCCAAAGAAAAUGCAUUUGACAGGAAAUUAUUUACAAACGAUAUAUAGAACAGAUCUUACAGAGUAUAGUUCUCUUGAACUCCUCCAUUUAGGAAACAACAGAAUAGCAGUUAUUCAGGAUGGGGCCUUUGAAAAUUUAACGAAUUUGCGCAGACUUUACCUUAAUGGCAAUUAUAUUGAAAGUCUGUCUCAUUCGUUAUUUGCGGGACUGCAGAGCCUCCAAUAUUUAUACUUGGAGUACAAUGUUAUUAAAGAAAUAUUCCCUCAAACGUUUAAUUCCUUGCAAAAUCUGCAGCUACUGUUCCUUAACAACAAUUUAUUAAGAUCUCUCCCCGACAACGUUUUUGGGGGUACGAUGCUCACGAGACUUAACCUUAGAAACAACCACUUCUCUUACUUGCCAGUACGCGGAGUUCUGGAUCAGCUUUCUGCUUUCAUUCAAAUUGAUCUCCAAGAAAACCCGUGGGAUUGCACCUGUGACAUUGUAGCGCUGAAAAACUGGAUGGAGCUGUCCAGCACCAGUGUUGUCGUUAAUGAAAUCACGUGUGACUCUCCUUCCAAACACGCUGGACGGCUCUUGAGGUCUAUAAGAAACGAUGCCAUUUGCACGGAAACUAAUGAGGUCACUGUAACCACGACGCCCACAGUGAGCACGACCGCUGAUACAACAACCUCUUUCUCUCCAACCGCUCCCACGGAAACGGUGCCCGAAAUUCACGCGGAAGUACCGCUGUCUGUUCUGAUUUUGGGUCUGUUGGUUGUGUUCAUUCUUUCCGUCUGUUUUGGUGCAGGUCUGUUCGUAUUCGUCCUUAAACGACGAAAGGGUGUUGAAACUGUCCCUUCAAAUGCCAAUAACAUGGACUUGAAUUCUUUCCAGGUUCAGUAUGGGUCCUAUAGCACAGAACCGAGCACAGACAAAGCCGAGGGCCAUGUGUAUAACUACAUCCCUCCGCCCGUGGGUCAGAUGUGUCAAAACCCCAUUUACAUGCAGAAAGAAAGUGAUCAAGUAACCUACUAUAGAAACCUGAAGGAACUGAGUUUCAGUACUCUGGACCCCAAAAAGGACGACCACUCCCGUAGUCCCGCGUAUACAAUAAGCACAGUGGAGUUCAUCGACAAACAGCCGUGUGGAAAUCGUGAGCCUGAGCUGCUGUAUCAGAACAUUGCAGAGAGAGUUAAGGAGCUUCCGACAGUAGGAACGCUGAACUACAAUUUCUGCACCUUGCCCAAAAGACAUUUCGUUCCGCCAUACGAGUCAACCAGGCGCCUCAACCAAGACAGGUUAACUAAAACUGUUCUGUAUGGGACCCCACGAAAAUAUUAUGCCGAACAAUCAAAAAACGAGCACCCAUUGCUCCCUGGAAAAUUAAAGACAGAACCAGACUACCUCGAAGUUCUGGAGAAACAAACUGCUAUGAGUCAGUUGUAAAAUAUGUCAUUACAUUUUCAUGAAAUUACUUAAACACGUAUCUCUAUGUAACCUACAAAUUACAAGAAAGAAGUAAACAACGCAACUUAGGUAUUAUUAUUAUUAUUUUGGAGACUGUAUAAAUCAGUAAACGUAUACGCGGUAAAGGUGGUAUACUAUUAUUUUUUCUGUUUUAAAUUAUUUUACUACUUGAAGCGUUCACGAUGUAGCAAAUUGUCAAGAAAAAAUGUAUAAUAGAGCUUUAUGUUUUUAUUUUAUCCCGGCGAAAAGGCACAUCGUUUCUGAUGUCCAACAGAACUGUAUCAUUUGAAAUAAGCAUUCCUGUACAUAGCAUUUGAUGGUGAGUGAGACACAUUUACUGAUUACAUCCACUUGGCGUCCCAUUUAUUCCAGAAGUGCCUUUGCACUCGAAAUAUUUUAUCGUUGCUAUCUGCUAUAAAUUAAAAUUUUAUAUGUGCUGUAUUUUAAGAUUACCUAUGUAAAAUAGAAUUAUAUGUUCAUUGCAUUAAAUGAGAUUGAUAAAUGUACGCUUUA